AAUGGCGAGGACGGGGGACGUAUGAACGCCUAGACCCUGAUCAGACGAGAGGGAUGGCCGGAUGCGGUUUCAACUCCCUCCUACAGCAGUUAGAGGCUCUGGGGAGAAAGUGGGGGCGCACUCUGCUUAAAGGGGCGCCCAGGACCAUGAUUGGAGGACCAAAAUGGGACAGUGGGUUUCGGCCUGUUUCCCUUUCCAGGGUUGAGUCACCCUUCCCCAGGGUUGGCCAAGAGCUUUGCGCCCCUCACCAUCUCUUUGGGAAUCCUGCCUUUCUUCUCAGGGUCCAGUUCUGUCCACUCCCACUCCUAGGUUCGGCCUUGCUCUUCUCCCUGAGGCGGCCCCGGAUGGCUCUGGGGGGUUUACUCUCAGAUUGGAUUACCAUGAAACUGCACCAGAAGUCCGUGCUCAGUUUCUUCCGUGGAUGCAGAACACAGGCUCCAGACCGGGAGGGCAUCUUGCUAAAGAAGGGAGCCCGAAAUACCAGCUAUCAACGCCGCUGGUUUAUCCUCCGGGGAAACCUCCUCUUCUACCUGGAGAACCAAGCGGACCACACACCCCUGGGCCUCAUUCUCUUGGAAAACUGCCAGGUGGAGCCACGCCUCGGAGCCACAGAACCCUAUGCCUUUACCAUCCUGACCCCCAGGGUUGAGGGCACAGGUGGGCGGGCCUACAAGCUGGCAGCAGAAAAUCAGGAAGAGCUGGGAGCCUGGCUGUGGGCGCUGGCUGGGGCGAGCUGCAGGCAGCUGGUGGUGCUCCUACCUACCCUGGAGGCCCAGUACCGGGAGCUCUGCCAGGCAGCUGGCCAAGAGCCCAGCUCACCCCCAGAGGGCUGUGGCUUCCUAGCCACCCUCAGUACCCCCUCCAGCUUCCAGGAGUUGCACGAGCACUUUGGGAAGGAGAUCCGGGUGCUGCAGGUGGUAUGUCGAAGGCCCCAGGCCAGUGACAAUGGAAGCAACAGAUCCCAGGCAGAGGAGGAGCCGGAGCUCAACAGCUGUUGAUGAGGGACUGAAAGAUGGACCAAAGGCCAAGAGGUACCUACCUGCCAAGACCAGCCAACUGCUUCAGUAGACACCCAGAUCCUGGCCUACUCCAC